AUGCGCUUCCUAACUACUCUCCGCCCAACCGCCCGUCUCGCCCCGCGCAUCCCCCUGCGUCCCUUCCACGCCGCCCGCAUUCUGCAUCAAGACCAAGUCAAAGAUAGCAACGGGAGUUUCAUCGACGGCCUCGCAGAGAGCGACGCUAAGGGACGCACAGGCGGCGGUGAAGCCCUCGACGCAACGUCUAAGAAUGCACCUCCCCAGCCUAAAGUGUCGAACCAGAGUAUUCCGGGGAAUCAGACUGAUGAGUUGACGGAGGAGCAGAAGAAGGAGGUUGAGGAGCAUAACAGGGACUUUGAUAAGAAGCAUGAUCGGGGGAAUGUUGCGCCGGGGGAUAAGGUUGAUAAGAAGUUCUGGGGGGAUGGGAGGCAUGGCGAGAAGGAUGAAGAUAAUGCGACGCCGCCGAAGGAGAAAUGA